AUGGCGACGGGUACUUGCUGCUAUCAAACAGGCGCCUUUUGUGACUGCGCAAAAGACGUUAGGAAGAGCGCAGAGGAAGAAAGAGGCAGCAAUGGGUCGGAUGGCAGCGAGUGCCCGCCGCUCUGCGUCACGACGGUCGACGUAGGCCCACCGUCUCUGUUCAAAACCUUCCCAAGCGACAGUGGCCCUAUUUGCCGCAUCUGCCACGAAGGAGGCAGCAUGGAAACCCUCCUGUCCCCGUGCGACUGCACCGGCACGCUGGCCACGGUGCACAGGAGCUGCCUGGAGCUCUGGCUGUCGUCCUCCAACACCAACUACUGCGAGCUGUGCCACAAACACUUCACCGUUCAACGUAGACUCAGGUCUUUCAAACAGUGGCUGCACGAUCCAGGCACGAAAGAGGAAAGGAGGUUGGUGUUCUGCGACAUCAUGUGCUUCCUUUUCGUCACGCCGCUGGCCUCCAUUUCGGGCUGGUUGUGCCUCAAGGGCGUCAAGGAUGACCUUCAGCUGGGCAGCUUGCUGCAGAACACUGGCCUCAUCUCGCUAACCCUCGUCCUUUUCAGCAUCUACACCCUCUGGACCAUGGUGUGCCUGCGGUACCACUGUAAGCUGUACUCUGAGUGGAGAAGAAAGGAUCAGCAAGUGCAUCUGCUCAUUCCCAAAACCAAAGAGGCCGCCUCUUCCCAGAAUCCUUUGCAGUCCCCAUUGCCUCGCAACACACUUUCUCCCGAGACUUUAGUAUGA